AUGUCUGCCGUGGCUCCCACUAUCCCCGGGGCUGACCCAUCAAAAGAUAUACAAAAGCGCCGUGCUGGCAGUGUUGGGUCCGAUGAAGACGACGCAAGUGGUGGGAAAUACACAAGGAUGGAGGAGGACAAUAUUCAAGACAAGGAAAGGUUUGCAAGUCGUGAGAAUCAUUGCGAAAUCGAGCGCAGACGACGGAACAAGAUGACGGCAUAUAUUACGGAACUAUCUGACAUGGUUCCAACAUGUUCCGCCCUCGCACGCAAGCCCGACAAACUCACCAUACUGCGUAUGGCAGUAGCACACAUGAAAGCACUUAGAGGUACGGGAAAUACCUCUACUGAUGGCACAUACAAACCAUCAUUUUUAACCGAUCAAGAGUUAAAGCACCUUAUUUUAGAAGCGGCAGACGGUUUUUUAUUUGUCGUCAGUUGCGACACCGGCCGUAUUAUAUAUGUUAGUGAUAGUAUAGCGCCAGUACUUAAUUACUCGCAGGGAGAAUGGUACUCAUCAUGUUUAUAUGAUCAAGUACACCCUGACGAUGUUGAAAAAGUGCGGGAACAGUUGAGUACGCAAGAGCCACAGAACACUGGCCGCAUUUUAGAUUUAAAAACGGGCACCGUUAAAAAAGAAGGUCAUCAAUCGUCGAUGCGGCAGGUGAUGGGGUCGCGGCGCGGGUUCAUCUGCCGCAUGCGCGUGGGCGGCGCGGGCGCGGGCGCGGGCGACGCGCACGUGGGCCGCCUGCGCGCGCGCAACUCGCUCGGCCCCUCGCACGACGGACACAACUACGCCGUCGUUCACUGCACCGGCUACAUAAAAAACUGGCCUCCCACAGAUCUCUUUCCAGGUAUGCAGAUGGAUCGGCCAGUUGAAGAUGAAUUGCACGCGUCACAUUGCUGCCUUGUCGCUAUUGGACGGUUACAGGUGACGUCGACGCCGAGCAGCGCGGAGGGCGGCGCGUGCGGCGGCGCGGAGUUCGUGUCGCGGCACGCGGCCGACGGACGCUUCACGUUCGCCGACCAGCGCGCCGCGCAGGUGGUGGGCCACGCGCCCGCCGACCUGCUCGGCAAGCUCUGCUACGAGUUCUACCACCCCGAGGACCAGCAGCACAUGCGCGACAACUUCGACCAAGUUCUCAAGCUUAAAGGCCAAAUAAUCUCCCUAAUGUAUCGGUUUCGGACCAAAAGCAGAGAGUGGAUAUGGCUGAGAACAUCUGCCUUUGCUUUUCUCAACCCAUACAAUGAUGAAGUAGAGUACAUUGUUUGUACAAAUACACUUGCAAAUCGGUCGCUGGGCAGCGCGGGCGGGGAGCCGGUGGGCGAGGAGAGCUACGACUACCACCUGCGCCAGCGCGACGUGUACCAGGCGCCGGCGCCCGCCAUGCACCAGCAGCACCACGCACCGCCAGCGGGCGGAGUGGGCGCGCGGUCGCCGGGCGAGGUGGGCGGCGUGGGCGUGGGCGUGGGGCCGGCCGCUGCGGCCUACGCGCACUACGCGCCCGACUACUCGCCGCACCGCCCCGCCAACACGCCGCCGCACACCACCUGGACCACGCUGCGACCCAGCGGUGGCGCGAGCGGGGAGAGCUACGCGUACAGCGAGGCGGGCGGCGGCGCGAGCGGGGCGGGCGGCGGCGCGGGGGGCGGCGCGGGCGCGAGCAGCGGCGCCAGCCCGGCGCGCUCGCCGCCCGCGCCCGCGCCCGCCUACCUGCCGCCCGCCGCGCACUACCACCACCACAACCACCACGCGCACCCCGCGCACCCCACGCACCCUACGCACCCCACGCACCCCUCGCACCCCUCGCACGAGGGUGAUGGUGUGGUUGCAGGCAUGUGGUCGUGGCAGGGCGGCGCGGGCGUGGCGGUGGCGGGCGUGGCGGGCGCCGGCGAGGCCGCGCACGCCCCGCACGAGCUCUCGGACAUGCUGCAGAUCCUCGACCAAGGCGCACAAGCCACCUUUGAAGACCUCAACAUCAAUAUGUUCAACUCGAAUUUCGAAUAG